AUUUCGCGCCAAAUUGAAACAACGGAGCAGUGAGUCUGAGCAGCAGCAGGAGCCACGAGCUGAGUCACAAACCAACAGGCUCUGCUUUUAACGUUUCACUCGGUAUUUCUCUAUCAAGUUUAGCUAACAUGGAGGAGGCCAACAAGCUAAUCGGCACCGGGAAGAAGCACCUGGUGAUGGGGAAGGUGGUGGAGGCGGUGAGCGCCCUGCAGGAGGCCUGCGGCAUGCUGGCUAAAAAGUACGGAGACACAGCAGACGAGUGUGGAGAGGCUUUCUUCUGGUGUGGCAAAGCGCUGCUGGAUCUGGCACGGAUGGAGAACACAGUCCUGGGUAAUGCUCUGGAAGGAGUACCAGAGGAGGAGGAAGAGGAAGAAGAAAAACCCAAAGAUUCCAACGUUGACAGCACAGAAAACAUAGAUGAGAAGACCCGGGAUGAGCUGAGGGUUCAGGUGUACGACGCCAUGGCAGAGAAGAAAGGCGAAGACGCUGAGAAGGCCGAAGAGAAGCAGAGCGACGAUAAGGAGAAGAAGGGCGAUGAAGAAAAGGCUGAGGAUGAGCAACAGAAAGCAGCAGAGAAAGACGAGGAAAAGGACGACAAGGCCAACGGAAGCAAAUCCGAUGAAAUUAAAGAUGAGAAAGAAAAUGGCGAGGAAGCCGAGAAAGAGUCAGGAGAAAAGGAAGAGGAAGCAGAAGAUGGUGAGGAAGAGGAGGGGGAAGAUGGUGAUGAUGCAGAUAUGGAGUGUGAUGCAGAGGAAAAAGGAGAUGAUGCUGCUGAGAAGGACAGCGACGACGAUGAGGAGGUGGGGAACCUGCAGCUGGCCUGGGAGAUGCUGGAAGUCGCUAAAGUCAUCUACAAAAGGAAAGAGCCUAAAGAGGAUCAACUCAUGGCUGCACAGGCUCACCUGAAACUGGGCGAAGUUUCUUCUGAAUCAGGAAAUUACACCCAGGCGUUGGAGGAUUUCCAGGAGUGUCUGAAGCUGCAGGUGAAGCACCUGGACUCAGACAGCCGCCUGCUUGCGGAGACUCACUACCAGCUGGGAGUGACCUACAGCUUAAACCUCCAGUACAGCGAGGCCGUCGAGGAGCUGAAGAGCUCCAUCUCUGUCAUAAAGAGCAGGCUGGACAAGCUGCAGGGGCUGCUCGACAAGGCCGAGGGCCCGGAGGCUCUACCAGACGAGAGGAAGGAGAUGGAGGAGCUGAAGGCUCUGCUGCCAGAGAUCCAGGAGAAGGUGGAGGACGCCACCGAGAGUCAGAAAAUGAUAAAAGCUGCUGCUGCUGAGGCUGCGAAGGCUCCACUGGAUGGAGGCUCCACUUCCUCUGCGUUCCCUGGCACCGCUGUGCAGAAUGGAGACUCCUCAUCCAGCUCAAAGAUUAACGGCAUGUCAACCAACGGAGUCAGCUCGACCAACGGCCACGCCUCCAAAGCUCCAGUCUCUGACAUCUCCCACCUGGUCAGAAAGAAGAGGAAGCCAGAGGACAGUCCAGUGAAAGAGAGCGUGGUGAAGAAGGUGAAGCAGAACGAUGGUCAGAGUAACGGUGUUCACGAAGCCAACGGAGACACUAACGGACACGCUAACAGUACGGAAGUCAAGAGUCAGUGAAGCUGGACUCCUGCAAGUUUCCUUUCCAUCUCUUGAAGAGAUUCACCGACGUGCCGAGCUCUUACUGCCCCUACACUUGUUUGCCGACUGUAAAUAUGUGCAUCGUUUUCUAUGCCUGUUGUUAGUGUUUGUUCACAAAUGUAACCUAUAAAGUUAAAUAAAACAGUUGAUAAAGUUGUUUCAUCAAA